CUCCACAAUAUGCUCCUCGAUCUUAUUAGUUGCCAUCCGUUCAGUCAUGGAUAGGUGUGCAUUGAGCAAAAUAGAGGCAGACCAUCGAAACGUUUCGUAAAUAAUUCUUCAUCAAUAUCCUGAAAGCGCCACGCCGAGCCGAAACUAAAAUUCAUGGCUACCGAAAUCUUUCCUGCUCGGUACACCGAGGAGCGAAUUAUCCUUAAAGAACUAAGGAAAAUCUUUCCACAGGGAGACAUCCGUAUUAUGUUUGAACGGGCCCGGUUCUUCUGUACCGUUCCAGCUCGAUUAACGGCGGCACAGCGCGAAAUCGUGAAAGACGCCAUUUCUGCCGAACAACACUACUCUCGAGAUGAUGACUAAGAGAUGUGAGCAUCCCAUAAGGCAUCGAUUGGUCGGUGGCUGGAAAGAGCGAGUCGCAGAUGGAAUACCUCAUAUGUCGAGGUCGAUUCUUCACAAUACCGAACAUUCCAGUUGGGGGGUACGCAGAGGGCCAUAUAUCAGGUUAUUUGGACACAAAAUUGCUAUGCUAUAGCCAAGAGAAUGCUACUUUCAAUUUCUUUUUCACUAGCCAAUACGCAGACAGAAUCUGUUCGAAAACAUCAUGGAGAAGUAACUAGAGAUCAAACCAAGGAACAAG